CUAGACCAUAGAAAUAUGAUUAACCUCGAAAUUUGAAUAUUCGAAAUCAUUUUAUAGUCAGUAAAAGUGCUUUUAUAUAUAAUAAUUUUUCAAAAUGACUUCAAACGACAGACAUAUCCCAGAAAUUUAUGAAAUAGAGGACAUUGAUAAGUGCAUUGCUGAAUAUCCACCUUACUAUGAAAGAAGUUUUACCAAACGUUACUGUCAAGAAUUCAAUAAGGAUAGUAAUUAUUUGGACACCUGCAUCAGUUUAUACAGUAGUAAAUUGUGCAUGGUAUUUUUAGCAGAAGGUCAUUCAAUUAUAAAAGAAGACAAAAAAAUUAAGCAGCUGCUCUUUCAAGUGGGAAAGGAAGAUCGUUUAACAAAUCUGACAAAAGGGAAAUAUAAAAAGAAUGCCCAACGUUUACAAAGAGAUUCAGUUAUAUGUUAUAUAGAAACAACAGAUGGAGUAAAAUAUCCAAUACAUGCUGGGAUAAAAGGACGAUUAAUUGACAUCAAUCCUCUGGUUGUUAAAAACCCAGAUAUAUUAAUAGAAAAACAUAAGAGUACAGGCUAUAUCGCAUUAAUACAUCCAGAAAACUUCAGAAGUGCACCAGAAGAAGUGUUGAGUGGACUGAUUGCUAAAGAUGAAUAUGAACAGGUUUUGAAAAAUCGGCUUGUAAGCUGAUUAAUAUUCUUUAUUGAUUUCAAGAAACAAAUGUGAGAAUACUUAUUACAAUGAUUAUUGUAUUUAUAAGAAAAUAUAUAUUUUAUUUCAA